AUGACAUUUUUUUUAUCGUCUUAUUGUCAUACACAUAUAUCUUUUUUUGCAAGAUCAUUAAUAUUUUUAUCAUUUUCUCAACGACUUAUUCAAUAUAAUAUGACACAUUCAAAAGCAUAUAUUCCUUUACAUGCUCUACGUAAAAUUGAUAUACAAUCAAUACUUGGUGUCGCUUUUCCAUUGUUAAAUGAUGAUGAAACUCAAAGACGAUAUGAUUAUCAUCACAGUCGUCGAACAAUGCUCUAUUUUUUAUUAUCAAUGUAUAAUGUACCCAAUAAUGAACAAACAAUUCGUUUAAUAAAUGAAUGUUCAUCGAAAAUUGAUUAUUCAAAUAUUGAAAAAAAUUAUAACGAUUUAAAAAAUAUAAUUGAACCAUAUCAAAAACAAUAUGGUGCUGAAAAUUUAGGUACUUAUUGGGAAUUAAAGAAAGAAGUAAAUAGACCAGGUCCAAUGCAAUCACGUAAUUAUAUAUCAAAAUAUCGUCAGGAUGGUUUUCAAAAAGAUGAACUUAAACUAUAUUGGAAUUAUGAUCAAAUUCGAGAUUUAAAUAAAAAUGACCGUUUUAAUCCAGUAACAGAUAGUGAUACAUAUAAUGCUCUAUUAAAAUCACCUGUUGAUAAACGUAAAAAUUCUGGAACAAUACAAUUUAUUCAAACUGGCAUUGAAAAUGCUGUUUUUCAAGUUCCCGAAGACAAACAAGUUAUUGUUCUUGAUUUUGCUGAUGAACGUAUGCCAGGUGGUUAUUUUCUUGAGAAUGCUCGAACACAAGAAGAAGUUAUUCUAUAUAAUUCUGAUGGUUAUCAUGCAAUAUUAGAUCUCAAAUAUCAAAUAAUGGAUGGAGGUUAUAUGGUACCUGAAUAUGGUGUAGCUUAUAUAAAACGAGUACGAUUUUUCCAAGAAAUAUCUGAAAAAGAACGUAUUACAGAUUUAAUAGUUGCUGCUUGUUAUGAUUUAUCUGGUAUGGGUGAAGGUUUAUAUAAACCACCAUCACAUGAAAAAAUCGACGAUUUACGUGCUCGUACAUAUCAAAAAUUUCAAGCUAUCAUAGCAUCAGCUGUUGCUAAUACUGAAGGAAAUGGUAAAGAUACAUAUUUAUUAUUAGGACCUAUUGGUACUGGUGCAUUUUCCAAUGAUAUGAAAAUGAUAGCUGAACUAUUUUCAACAAUAUUAAAUGAACCAUUAAUGGAUUCUGGAAAACCUAUACGAUACGCAUUUGAUCAGAUUUGGUUUGUAUCUAUUGAUAAUCUCGAUGUAUUUGUUACAGAAUUUAAUAAUGAAAUUUAA